AUGUCGCGUGCCUACAGUGUGUGCAGAAAGUGUGGUCCCAAGAGCUGGAUCUACCAGGAUAGAGUGGCGGCAAACCCACACUGCCAGAAAUGUGGGUGCCAGUGGCCGCAGUUUGCGCAGAAGCCCAACGCGAUCCCGGGAGACGUCUGGGAAAGCAGGGACCAGCAGAAUAGAGUGUGGAAGAACAAAGAUCGAAGGCCUCCUAAGCCUCGGGCAAGUAAUGCACCGGCAGGAGCAGCGCAGCGUGCAUUAUCCACCGUUUGGGAGACUCUUCCAUCGUCGGCGCGUCAGGCCAUUGAGCAGGCAGGCUGGCAGCCCAGACAGCCAGUACCGCCACCUGGAUUGGAGGGCUCAAACAGAUCCGUUCGCCUUUCGAAGGGUGGAGCAGGUAAGGGCAAAGGAGCUAGCCAGGCCCCUGACUCCAGCAGUGCCACAGAUGAUUCGGUCAAGGCGCUCUUUGAGUCUGCUAGUGAUCAACAAAAGGAGCUUCUCUUGCAGUGUGGCUUCUUGGAGCCGGCAGAACCGCAACCAGACUUGAUUGAAAUGUGUAAGAAACACAUGUCAGCGCUCCCUCCUGCCAUCAGAGAGCUGGUUGAAGACCCACCAGAAAAGCCGCCCACUGCUUUUGAACAGCUUAAUGACACCAGCAGGAAAUUCAAAACAGCAACUGUCGAAUUGAGAGAACUUAUCAUGAAAAAAGCAGCUUUACAGCUUAAAAUCAACAAGCACAAAGAUUUGUUCACCAGCAUGCUCAAUGACAUGAAAGCCCUGGAUACAAACCUUUGCAGCAAACAGGACCAGGUCACCCUGCUUCAGCAGCAGUUGCACAGUUCUGUUGUAGCGGAAGUUGCGGAAUCCAGGCUUGACAUUGAGAGUGCCCUUGCGAAACAGAUUGAGACCAUGCCUCUAGAGCAGCUUGAGGCGUUCAAGGCAAGGUUCUGUGCCACCAUAGAGGAGAAAACCAGCCUCAGGAAGCAGGCUGAACUCCCGGACGCCAAUAUGAGAGAAGAUCCCACGGAAGCUCUCCCCCGAGGCCACCCAGGUGACUCCUCGACACGUGAGGGCAAAGGUCGAUCCAGAAGCAGGGGCAGGGGAGCUUCGCAAGCAAACGAAGGGCCUUCGCAGGGAUAG